AUGGGAGAUUCCUAUUCCACCAAAGAUGAGCAGUUCAAAACUUCCCCUGAACAAACAGAGGAUGCUGCUUGCUUAUCAGCAAUGCUGGCCUGUACCAAUAUAGUAUACCCUGCAGUUCUGAAUGCUGCAAUUGAACUCAACUUGUUUGAGAUCAUAGCUAAGGCAACACCACCUGGUGCCUUCAUGUCACCCACUGAAAUUGCUUCUAAGAUCCCAACCCAACACUCAGAUUUACCAAACAGGCUUGAACGCAUGCUGCGUUUGCUUGCAAGUUACUCCAUUCUUACUUUCUCCACUCGCACCACUGAACAUGGUAGCACUGAGAGAGUUUAUGGGCUCUCCCAAGUUGGAAAAUACUAUGCCCCUGAUGAAAGUCAGGGCUACUUGGCUUCCUUUGUUCCAUUUCUCUACUAUCCACCACUGCUACAGGUUUGGUCGAACUUCAACGAAGCGGUGGUUGACGAAGACAUUGAUGUGUUUAAGAAACUUCAUGGUGUGACCAAGUACCAGUACAUGGAAAAGGAUCAAAAAAUGAACCAAAUCUUUAACAAGGCAAUGGUCGAUAUCUGUGCAACAGAGAUGAAAAGAAUGCUUGCAAUAUAUACUGGAUUUGAGGGAAUAUCAACAUUGGUUGAUGUUGGAGGUGGACAUGGACAAAAUCUCAAAAUGAUAACCUCCAAGUACCCUUUGAUAAAGGGUAUCAAUUUUGAUCUGCCCCAAGUUAUUGAAAAUGCACAAUUGAUUCCAGGGAUUGAGCAUGUUGGAGGAGAUAUGUUUGCAACUGUUCCCCAUGGUGAUGCCAUAAUACUCAAGGCUGUGUGCCAUAAUUGGUCAGAUGAAAAAUGUGUAGAAUUUUUAAGCAAUUGUCACAAAGCAUUGUCACCAAAGGGGAAGGUGAUUGUUGUGGAGUUUAUAUUGCCAGAAGAACCAAAAGCAACUGAAGAAUCCCAACUUGUUUCUAGUCUCGACAAUAUCAUGUUCAUCACAGCUGGUGGAAGGGAAAGGACUGAGAAACAGUUUGAGAAUUUGUGCAAGCUCUCUGGAUUUUCCAAAUUUCAAGUUGCUUGUCGCGCUUUCUCUACUUUAGGAGUGAUGGAAUUCUAUAAAUAG